UUCUGCGAUCGACAGAAAUGUCUGUUACAGCGCUCGCGCAUGAACCACAUGGCAUGACACUACGGACGCAGGGGCUGGUGUGUGUUGGGUGCUCGAGCAACGGCGGACGGUGUACGAAGCGGUUUUGUGGAGUAAGCGUUUAACAACAGAAUAGAAAUGUCUCAGUUACAAACACGUUUUUUUACGGAGAAUAAAAAAUAUUCAGUAGAUGACGUGCCUUUCUCCAUCCCUGCUGCUUCUGAGGUGCAGGAUCUCAGUAGCGUCAUCAACAAGCUGCUGGAAGCAAAGAAUGGGUCUCACAGCCAGGUUGAGUUUGACUUCCUUGUCCGGGGGCAGUUCCUCCGGACGUCGCUGGCCAGUCACAUGGAGGCCGAAAGCAUCUCAACGGAAGACGUGGUGGAGAUAGAGUAUGUGGAGCGGUUCACUGCUCCCCAGCCAGAGGAGUGCAUGAUGCACGAUGAUUGGAUCAGCUCAGUGGAGGCUGACUCUGAAUGGAUCCUGACGGGUUCCUACGAUAAGACGGCCAGGAUCUGGUCUCUGGAGGGGAAGGCUGUGAUGACGGUGGCUGGACACACAGAUGUGGUGAAGGACGUGGCCUGGGUCAAGAGAGAUGGUCUGACCUCCCUGCUGUUGACCGCCUCUUUGGACCAAACUAUUCUCCUUUGGGAGUGGAACUCUGAGAGGAACAAGCUGAAAGCCAGACACUGUUGCCGUGGACAUGCUGGGAGUGUUGAUACUAUCGCAACAAAUCCCACACGCACUAAGUUCUGCAGUGGUUCCUGGGACAAGAUGCUGAAGAUCUGGUCAGCAGUGGCGACUGAAGAGGAUGAGGAGUUGGAGGAGCAGCCAAACAGACCCAGGAAGAAACAGAAGACAGAACAGCUGGGAUUAACCAGGACACCCCUCAUGACGUUGUCCGGUCACAACGAAGCUGUGUCAUCAGUCCUUUGGUUAGACGGUGAGGAGGUUUGCAGUGCAUCAUGGGAUCACACCAUUCGUGUGUGGGAUGCCGAGACCGGAGAACUCAAGACCACUCUGACCGGCAGUAAGGUGUUCAACCAACUCUCCUAUUCUCCGCUAUGCCAGCGCCUGGCGUCUGGAAGCACUGACAGGCAUGUGAGGCUGUGGGAUCCUCGCUCCAAAGAUGGGUCAUUGGUGUUACUGUCUCUAACUUCCCACAACGGCUGGGUUACGGCUGUGAAAUGGGCCCCUUCCCAUGAGCAUCAGCUGGUGUCUGGGUCCCUGGACAACGUCGUCAAACUCUGGGACGUCAGGAGUUGCAAGGCUCCCCUGUACGAUGUGUCUGCCCACGAGGACAAGGUGCUCUGUGUUGAUUGGACAGACAGCGGGUUGUUGUUGAGUGGAGGAGCAGACAACAAGCUGUACACAUACAGAUACACAGCCUGUGAAUCGGAUGCUGGAGCUUAGUCACCCCUCAAACAACACUUGCCUGACCGACUGUGGAUAUUCAGCAUGUUAUUUUUAUAUGUUGUUAACUUGAAGAGUCCAACUUUGAUAAUUGUAUUAUUUCUGUUAUAUUAUUUCUGACAGAUGUAUGAUUUUAAGAUUUUUCUUUAGUUAAAUAACCCUUCUGUGCUGUAGGUAUGUUCCGUUUAUGAACUGUUACAGUUACAUAGACAGAAGAGUAGUGCUUUAUGGUAUAAGAGAGCUCUCAAAGACAGACAUCUAUUAAACUCUAUGUAUGCAGCCAAAAUGGGUCCGGACCAGACUGUCCAAAAGGCUGUUUCAGCACAGGCAGGACUACUACCAUUUUAUUUUUAGUCAACUUUGUUGGCCGUUUCCUUCCUGGACAGCCCUUUAGGAGUCAAUUCCAAACCAGUUAGGAGGAAUGUCACAUUUCAGAAGGUUCCCCAUCUUAAGUGUUACCAUAGAAACCUAAGUAUUGGUGUAAGCCAAGUUUUAAUAUAGGUGGAUUGAUUCCCACUGGUUCUACUUUGUCAGAUUAUUGUCUGUAUUCAUUCUACACUAGUAUUUAUAGACAACCAACCUGUCACCAGUUUAUGAUUAAAGAAAUUAUUUUACUGCUGUAAA